AUGGCUAAAGCUGUCUGUAACACAGUAUAUCAGAUUUGCGAAAGGUUCGAGAAUGGUCUGCUUUCGAACACUGGUUACGUGCUGAACACAUUGCUUGACGAGUACAAACAGUGCGAGAAAUUCUUCGAGGGUCGCGUUUACGAUGAUGCUGUAGCUCUGUUAAACGAAGAGGUAGGUACUAAACUAGCUAGUAUAUGGUAG